CGGUGGUUCAUUUAUCCGCUUGAUCUCAUCGCUCCCAUCAGGUUUUAUAAUAAAGAUCGAGUCUUUUAACUUACAAGUGUUUGGGACUUUUUCCUCCUUGAUGUGGUUUAGUUGUUAAAAACAGGGUUCAUUGGGUUUUAGGACUUUUUGGCUCCUUUAUCCGGCAUUUUUACGCGCCGUGCCAGCCCCUGCGUUGCGCGCACCUGAGUCCGGCUGCCUCUCCGAGUUUCUUGCAGCUCCAACAUGAUAUCAACGCUCCAGGGCAACUAACCCACGAUGGUUGCCUCCACCCCCCGGUGACAUGCUUGCUGCAGGGAGCCUCGGUAACCGUGGAAUAACCACCGGGGUCCAGGUGCCAUGACGGGGAGCCGAUGUGGCCGUUUGGAGGAGCGCACCAGUUUGACGCCAGCUGGGAUUUGACUUGACAAGAGCGGCAGUUUGAGUUUGGGAUGCGAGAGAAAUCUUAAGACAGACAAUUCCCCAUUGCGACUUUCACCUGGUUCACCACGGGCUGCCCGGAACCAUGGCCUCUGAGAUGGUGUGUGGGCUGAUCUUCAGGCUGCUGCUGCCUGUGUGUCUCGCAGCCGCUUGCCUGUUCAGGUACAAUGGCCUGUCCUUCGUCUACCUCAUCUACCUCCUGCUCCUCCCGCUCUUUGCAGAGCCUUCGAUCGAGUCCAUGCAGGGCCACACAGGGCGCCUGCUGCAGUCCCUGUGCUUCACCAGUAUGUCCUUCCUGCUGAUGCACAUCAUCUAUCAGAUAACCGUCAACAGCCUCCUGGCUGGGAACUCCAUCAGCUCCGACUUCAACUGUUCCACGUGGGAGAAAUCCAUCCGACAAAUCGGCUUUGAGAGCGUGAUUGGUGCAGAUGCGGGGAACGGCAUCCGAGUGUUCAUCCCCGACAUCGGCAUGUUCGUGGCGGGCUUGGCCAUCUGGCUGCUGUGCCGCAGUCUGGUCCAGAAGAGGCCGCCUGAGGACAUGGCUCAGGACAACACUGACUUCGAAGCAGAGGAACAAGACGAAGAGGAGAAGCUGAGCCUGGAUGACAACAUCCUGCUCGAGGAGGACUUCGAGGCGGGGUACGAGGCAGAGGAGGACGAGGAGCUCGAGGAGGAAGAGGAGGAGGAGGAAGAGGAGGUGGAGGAAGAGAAGGAGAGCACAAAGAUGAAGGUCCUGCGAAUCGUGGCCGAGGUUGCGUCCAAAGUGAAGGAGAUCAUCGGGAACUUGAUCACCACUGCGGGGAAGGUGGUGGUCACCAUCUUGUUGGGAAUGACGGGCAUCAUGCUGCCCUCCAUGACCUCUGCCGUGUACUUCUUCAUCUUCCUGUUCCUGUGCACCUGGUGGUCCCUGUGCCGCACCUUCGACACGCUCAUCUUCAGCUGCAUGUGCGUCCUGAUGGCCAUCUUCAGCGCCGGACACAUCAUCGUGCUCUACCUGUACCAGUUCCAGUUCUUCCAGGAGUCCAUCCCACCCGGUGACGGCUACAUCAGCACGUUUGGCAUCUCCCCCGUGGUCCAGAGCAACUGCUCCUACACAUGGAAGCUCAUGGUGCACCCGGAGCGGAAGUGGUACCACUUUGUGAAUCCCAUCAUGCUGCUGCUGCUCUACUACACACUGGCCACGCUCAUCCGCCUCUGGCUGCAGGAGCCCAUCGAGCAGCUGACGGACGACAAAGACGAGGAUGUGUGCGAGGAGGAGGAGCUCAUCGGGAACAGAACCAGUAACUCGGCCAACAGGAAGAGGCAGAUGUGGUGGGAGUCACGCCAAGGAACUGACGAGAAAAAUCUCCUCUCCACUCAGGACGGCAUCAGUACGACUGAGGCGGUGCCCACCUCCAACGGGACCUCCUUUGAGUUCGUCACAACUGAGAAUGGACCGGUCUGUCUGGACCUGUACUCCACCCCCCAGUAUAAAAUGGACCAGUCCAACGACGAGAAGAAGGAUGAGUGUGUGUAUGAAGUGCGUUUGCCCCCGGAAGAGUCGGCGCUGGACGACGGGGAAGAGAAGACGGAGGAGGACGAGGACGGGAUGAAGCAGCGAGGAGUCAGCGCCAUGGUCAAAGUCUUUCACUUCAUCAUGAAGCAAAGCUACAUCUGCGCUCUCAUCGCCAUGAUGGCCUGGAGCAUCACGUACGUCAGCUGGUUGACGUUCGUCUUCCUCAUGUGGUCCUGCAUGCUGUGGAUGGUGAGGGACCGGCGGCGCUACGCCAUGCUGUCCUCUCCCUUCAUGGUGGCCUACGGAAACCUGCUGAUAGUGCUGCAGUACAUUUGGAGUUUCGAGGGGAUGUCGGUAGUCCCGGGGUUCUUCGUCAAGAAGAAAAACCCUUUCCACUCGCUCUCCUCCAAGGUCCUGUGUCUGCUGAGCUUCUGGUUGCUGCUCAGACAAACGCUGACGGAGAGAUGGGAAAAACAAAAGGAGGACAGCGCUGGACUCUCAGACGUUCACGUGGUGGAUCAGGAGAAGAAAGAGGAGGAGGAGUCUGAGGACCGCGGCGAGCAGGACACCAUGCAGGUCCUGGGCAACAUGGUGAUGGCUCUGCUGGUCAAAUACUGGAUCUACAUCUGCGGGGGGAUGUUCUUCAUCGUCAGCUUCGAGGGAACCAUCGUCAUGUACAAGAUCAUCUACAUGAUGAUGUUCCUCUCCUGUGUGGCGCUUUACCAGGUGCACUAUGAGUACUGGCGAAGGAUCCUGAAAUACUUCUGGAUGUCGGUGGUGAUGUACACCAUGCUGGUCCUCACGCUGGUCUACACCUUCCAGUUUGAAGGCUCGUUGGAGUUCUGGUCCAACAUGUUGGGCUUGAACGAGAUGGGCCUGAGGGAUUUGGGCCUGGAAGUGUUCACGCUGUCCAAGUUGUUCACCAGGAUUCUCAUCCCCACCUCUUUCCUGCUGGUGUGCAUCCUCCACCUGCACUACUUCCACGACCGCUUCCUGCAGCUCACUGACCUCCAGGCUGUCGUGGCCAAAGAGGAGAGCACAAUCUACAGACUGGUGCACCAGGACGGCAGUCUGGCAGACCUCACCUUGCUCAGCGCCAGCUCGGUGGACGCGGCGCUACCCAGAGAGCCGGAGGAGGUGCAGGAGAAGCAGGAGGAGCAGGAGGUGUGGGAGUCGGAGAAGGACAGGAAGCAGGUCCUGGUGGUGGUGAUGGACAACACUGACAUGGGUGGCGAGAAGCGAGGCAGCUUGCACGACCUGCCGCAGUCCAGCACAGAGGAGAGCCACCACUGCAGUACAGGGACCGGGCCGGAGCCGAGCACCGAGCAGAGCUCAGAUCUGAAAAAUAAGUGGCACCUGGUGAUCGACCGUCUGACUGUGCUCUUCCUCAAGUUCCUGGAGUAUUUCCACAAGCUGCAGCUGUUCAUCUGGUGGCUGCUGGAGAUCCACAUCAUCAAGAUAGUCUCCUGCUACAUCGUCCUGGUCUCUGUCAAAGAGGUGUCUCUGUUCAACUACGUGUUCCUGGCGUCCUGGGCCUUCGCGCUGCCGUUCAGUCAGUACCGGCCGCUCGCCUCCAGCGUCUGCACCGUGUGGACCUGUGUCAUCAUCGUGUGUAAGAUGUUGUACCAGCUGAAGACCAUAAAACCCCCGGACUACUCCAAGAACUGCUCCGUGUCGGCGACGUACUCAAGCGACCAGAAGACGGAGCUGCAGGAUUCUCUUCUGUAUGUGGGUCCAGUGGAUCCGGCCAACUGGGUGGGCCUGGACAAAUCUCCUGACCUGCUGGGAUACCUCAGGAACAACCUGCUGAUGUUGGCUCUCUUGGCGUUCGAGGUGACCAUCUACCGCCAUCAGGAGUACUUCAGGCUGAGGAACAAGCUGUCCCCCCCCGCCGCUCGCAUCAUCUUCCACGACACCACGCGGCAGCACCUGGACAUCGGCAUCGUCAGCUUCGUCAAGUACUUCGUCAACUACUUCUUCUACAAGUUUGGACUCGAGACGUGUCUUCUGCUGGUGGUCAACGUCAUUGGGCAGCGGAUGGACUUCUACGGCAUGCUUCAUGGCUUCGCCCUGAUAGCCGUCAUGUACCGGCGACGGAGGAAAGCCAUCGCGGAGAUCUGGCCCAAGUACUGCUGCUUCCUGGCCUGCAUGAUCACAUUACAGUACUUCGUUUGCAUCGGGAUCCCGCCUGCAGCCUGUAAAGACUACCCCUGGAGGUUUCCCAGCUCUUUCACAGACUCCAAAGUGGUCAAGUGGCUCUACAUCCCAGAUUUCCACACCAAGCCCAACCCGUCCUUCCUCAUCUAUGACUUCAUGCUGCUGCUGUGUGCCUCUCUCCAGAGGCAGGUGUUCGAUGAUGAGAACAAGGCGGCCGUCCGCAUCAUGGCCGGGGACAACGUGGAGAUCUGCAGAGACCUGGACGCAGCCUCGUUCAGCGUCCACAACCCCGUCCCCGACUUCAUCCACAGCAGGUCCUACCUGGACAUGCUGAAGGUCAUCAUGUUCAGUUACCUGUUUUGGUUCGUCCUCACCAUCAUCUUCAUCACGGGAACCACGCGCAUCAGCGUCUUCUGCAUGGGAUACCUGGUCGCCUGCUUCUACUUCCUGCUCUUUGGCGGAGACCUGCUACUGAAGCCAAUCAAAAAGAUCCUGCAUUACUGGGACUUCCUCAUCGCCUACAACAUCUUCGUGAUCACCAUGAAGAACGUCUUCUCCAUUCUGGCUUGUGGCUACAUCAACACUCUGAUCCCAAAGCAGUGCUGGUUGAUCCAGUUGCUCAGUUUGGCCUGCACCAUUAAAGAAUAUAAGAUCGAAAUCAACCAGGAGCAUCUGCCCCCUGAUGAGCGCUGCGAGCUGCCCAGUGACGAGGCCGGGAUCAUCUGGGACAGCAUCUGCUUCGCCUUCCUGCUGCUGCAGAGACGAGUCUUCAUGAGCUACUACUUCCUGCACGUGGUCGCCGACAUCAGAGCGUCGCAGAUCCUCGCCUCCAGAGGAGCUGAGCUCUUCCAGGCCACGAUAGUGAAGGCGGUGAGAGCCCGACUGGAGGAGGAGCGCAAAUCUGUGGAGCAGCUGAAAAGACAGAUGGAGCGCAUUAAAGUGAGGCAGCAAAAGUUUAAGCGGGGCAAGGAGAGGAUGCUUAGCAUGGCGCAGGAGUCCGGAGAGGGACCGACGCUGGUGCCGCCCGAGGACGACGAAGACGACGGGGCACAUCGAACGAAAGCCAAGACCAAAAAAAAGCAGUGGUGGAGGCCGUGGGUUGACCAUGCUUCCAUGGUUAGAAGUGGAGACUAUUACUUGUUUGAAACGGACAGUGAGGAGGAAGAUGAGGAGGAGGAGAAAAAAGACGACGAGCUUCCCAAAAAGUCGGCGUUUCAGUUCCUUUACCACGCCUGGAUCACAGACCCUAAAGCUGCACUCAGAGCUCGAGGAAAAGAGAAACGCAAAUUUUGGAAGAAAUACACAAAGGGGGUUAGACGCAGGAAAAGUAAAAAAGAUGCUCAUGUGACUGUGGAGGUCGGUGACUCGUCUGACGGGCAAGAAAAAGACGAAAACAAGAAGUCUGGACCAGACAACGUCAUCAAACGCGUGUUCAACAUCAUAAAGUUCACGUGGGUCCUGUUCCAGACGACAGUGGACAGCUUCACCAAGUGGAUGAACGACAUGUGCAGAGAGUACAUCGACAUCUCCACGGUGCUGCGCAUCGAGCGCUGCAUGCUGACGCGAGAGGUCAAAAAGGGUAACGUGCCGUCCAGAGAGAGCAUCCACGUCUACUACCAGAAGGCCAUGAGGCUCAACAUGUCCCGACAGGCCAGUAUGGAUCAGCUGAGUGAGGACGAGUCGGUGUGCGGCUCCGCCCGAGUGCGGAGGAGGCGAGGAGGAUACUGCAUGGAGAGCCAGGACUCCACGGCCUCCAGAGACAGCAUAUCCAGUGCCGUCACUGAGGCCACCAACCUGUUUUCUCGCCAGUCCACGCUGGAGGACCUGGACGGGAUGCCGGAGUGCAUCCCCAAAACCAGCGAGCGCGCCAGGCCCAAGCUGCGUAAGAUGUACGGCCUGGACCAGUCCAACUCCUCAAUGGACAGUGCCAGCAGCUUCAUGUCCAGCGAGGCGACCCAGUGCGUCACUCUCUACUCCAGACAGGGAACCACAGACACUAUAGAAGAAGUGGAGGAUGAGCACGAUCUAGGGGAGGACAAGCAGAAGGUCCCCUGGGAGUCCCAGCAGCUGGAUGACAGUGAGGUGCCUGAGGACGGUCCCUGGUGUGAAUCUAGGGAGACGGAGAAGGGUGACGACGAGGGGAUGGAGGGGAUGGAGGGGAUAGAGGGGAUAGAGGGGAUAGAGGGGAUAGAGGGGAUGGAGGGGAUGGAGGGGAUGGAGGGGACUGAUGGUGAGGAGGCUGUGGAGGAGAGCGAUGUACCAAGGAGCAAAGAGGGAGAAGACGCUCCCUGGGGGUCUUUUGGCCCAGAUGAGGGCACCUCCCUCAGGGUGGAGGAGGCAGAGAGUGGCCCUUAUGUCCAGGACAAAGACUUCAUCUCAGAGAGUGAAGACGGAGGAGGACAGCAGGACCUGAUGCAGACGGAGGGGCGUAUGGGACUGAUCUACACCCCCGACACGGACGCUUCCAAAGCGUCUGACGCCGACGUGCCUCCCAGCUACAGCAAGGCGGUCAGCUUCGACCGUCUGGAGGUGAGCGACGACGAGAGUGACAAGGACAGGAGGCGGCGUAUGAUCAUGACCUCCGACAGCCACUCUGACAGCAGGUCCGACAUCAUGCUACCGUCCAUGACCACCGAGCUGACCGCCAGCGAACUGCUGCUCAACAAGAUGUUUUAUGAUGAAGAGCUGGAGCAGUCAGAGACUUUCUACCAAGGGCAGCCGCUGAUCCUCCAGCUCUGCUACGCCUUCUACAACAUGCUGGUGGCGCACUCUGAGAUGGUGUGCUAUCUGGUCAUCAUCAUCAACCACAUGGUGUCCGCGUCCUGCGCCACCCUGGUCCUCCCCAUCUCCAUCUUCCUCUGGGCCAUGCUGUCUGUGCCGAGGCCCAGCAAGCGCUACUGGAUGACGGCCAUCAUCUACACUGAGGUCACCAUUGUCAUCAAGUACUUCUUCCAGUUUGGCUUCCUCCAAUUAUCCGCAGCAGUGACCGAUAAGGCCAAACCAUUUUACCUUCCCAACAUCAUCGGGGUGGAGAAGAAGGACGGUUAUGUCCACUUUGACCUGGUUCAGUUACUGGCUCUCUUCUUCCACAGAUCCAUUCUGAAGUGCCACGGGCUGUGGGAUGAAGACGACCCCAAGGAGAAGAGGGAGCCUCCGCGUCAGAGUGUGUCCUCGGACCGGGACGAGAGCGGAAAGGAGUCUGAAGCUGCCUCCUCUGUGAUCAGUGAGAAGAUGGGCUCCACUCACACCUUGAGGUCCUUAAACUUUGGGACCUCCAUAGAUUCCGAACACGUCCAGGUGCAAUUCCCACAGCAGCAGACCUACCAGCGUCGCAAGAGCUCCAGCGGAGGCUCACACAUCUCUCACCGAUCGCUUCAGUCGUCUGCCAGAACAAAAAGAGGAAGCACCACUUCCCACAACAGCAGCCGCAAGGACGGCAGCGAGGCCAGCGUCCACCAGAAGACCCGCAAACAGAUGAUUGUUGAGAAGCUCCGAGAGCAGCUCUACAAAGGGAAAGCCUUCAUCGUGAAGAGGUUCUUGGAGAUCUACAUUCCCAUCAGGCAGUUCUUCUAUAACCUGAUCCAUCCGGAGUACAGUGCCGUCACAGACGUGUAUGUGCUGAUGUUCCUGUCCGACACUGUGGACUUCAUCAUCAUUGUGUUUGGAUUCUGGGCGUUUGGUAAACACUCGUCGGCAGACAUCACCUCGUCUCUGUCGGAGGAUCAGGUGCCGGGACCUUUCUUGGUCAUGGUCUUGAUCCAGUUCGGGACCAUGGUGGUGGACCGGGCCCUUUACCUCAGAAAGUCUGUCAUGGGCAAGGUCAUCUUCCAGGCUCUCCUGGUGUUUGGAAUCCACUUCUGGAUGUUCUUCAUUCUGCCAGGAGUAACUGAUAAGCGUUUCGGUGAAAACAAGGUUGCUCAGAUGUGGUAUUUUGUCAAGUGCAUCUACUUCGGCCUGUCGGCCUAUCAGAUCCGCUGUGGUUAUCCCACCCGCGUUCUGGGAAACUUCCUCACCAAGAGCUACAAUUAUGUCAACCUCUUCCUGUUUCAAGGUUUCCGCCUGGUGCCGUUUCUGACGGAGCUGCGUGCCGUGAUGGACUGGGUUUGGACCGACACCUCGCUGUCUCUGUCCAGCUGGAUCUGUGUGGAGGACAUCUACGCUCACAUCUUCAUCCUGAAAUGCUGGAGAGAGUCUGAGAAGAGAUACCCGCAGCCCCGAGGCCAGAAGAAGAAGAAGGUGGUGAAGUUCGGGAUGGGGGGGAUGAUCGUGAUGCUUCUGAUCUGCAUCGUCUGGUUCCCGCUGCUUUUCAUGUCUCUCGUCAAAUCGGUAGCUGGAGUUGUCAACAAGCCGCUGGACGUCACGUUUGAAAUCACCCUGGCUGGUUUUCAGCCCAUCUUCACUAUGAGCGCUCAGCAGAAACAACUGCAGAAUGUGACAGCGUCCGAGUUUGCAGAUUUAAAAAAGAAAUAUGGAGGCAAAGAUGAUCCCUUGCAGUGGCUGGAGACCUACAUGCCCGAGGAUCUGGUCAUCGCUGAGCUGAAAGGCAGCUCCAACUCUCUGUGGACCAUCAGCCCCCCCAGCAGAGCCAACCUGAUCGAAAUGCUGAACUCCCCUGAGGACUUCCCCAUCACUGUGACCUGGAGCAUUCAAAGAAACCUCAAUCUCGGUGCCAAGGCUGAAAUAGCAUCUGGAAAACGAGUGACGUCUCUGGACCACAAAACUAGGACGGACCUCGUAAAUGUCCUGAAUGGGUCAGGAAACACUUCACAUGUGAAUCUAACAAACACGUUUCCUCGUUAUAUCCGAGCCCCCAGUGACGCCGAUGCCAAACCUGUCGACCAGCUUUACGAUGAUAAAGACAGGAUGAUGGAUAUAAUUUUGACGUUGAAUCGACCGGAGAGUUCCUCGGAUCAGAUCCAGGAAUGGUGGAUUGUCAACCAGACGGAGCCCGGCCCGAUACAGAAGAAGAGUGAAGGGCGUGAGGGGCUACAGCUCUACGUGUUCAGCGACCAAGUCAGUCCGCCCAGUUUGGGAUUCCUGGCUGGAUACGGGAUCAUGGGCCUGUACGCCUCGGUCGUUCUCGUCAUCGGCAAGUUUGUGCGCGAGUUCUUCAGCGGCAUCUCCCACACCAUCAUGUUCGAGGAGCUCCCCAACGUGGACCGCAUCCUCAAGCUGUGCACCGACAUCUUCCUGGUCCGAGAGACGGGGGAGCUGGACCUGGAGGAGGACAUGUACGCCAAACUCAUCUUCCUCUAUCGCUCGCCAGAAACCAUGAUCAAGUGGACCCGGGAGAAAACUGAGUGAAACUCGGCGCGGGGACGUUAAAUCAUGGAGGCUUCUUUUUCUGGAGAUGCUGGGUGGUGUGAGCCGCUACUUCAGCCUGUUCACCAGCUGAGGGAGCACGAAGCCGCCGAGGACCUGGUGCGUCCUCCUCAAACUGAGCUCUGGUGGCGGCGACGCAGCGUUAGCUCCACACAAAAAAAACUUUUUGAGUUAAGAACUGGUAUUUUUUUACUCUUAACUGAUGAAAAACAGCAACAAAUUGCAGUUACAUUAAUAACAAUGGAGCACAAAUUUGCCGGUGCUUUAUAAAACCUUCGCAAAAAGAACCUGGCUCGGUUUGGAAAGCAGCCGGUGUUCAGUUGGAGACGGACAAAUCUUUUUGGGACCGUUUCUCUUAAGUUAUAAAAAAAAGUCUCCUGAUACUAAGGUGGAUUUUUUUCCCACACACACGUCGCUGCUCUUCACGCCUGUAGUCCUACAUUUACACAACCGCACAGCAGGCGGAGAGAAACUCGCACUGGCCGCAACAUUACACUUUAAGGGCUUCCCACCAAAAAAUAGCUGCACAAUUAAUGACCACAUGAGCACAAUCUCGUAUUUUCUCUGACUGGAACACUUUUUGAUUGUGGGACUGUGCAAUACUGAGCUCCUGUUUCUCCCGACGUGGACCGACAGAGAACGGCUGCGUCGGAGCAGGACACACGAACACAGCCCCACUGGCUUGUUUUUUAAAGGUCAGAGGCCACAUGGGAAACUCUGCAGAGACACAACAAACCGGAAAACAUCAGACAAUCUUUACCUGCCUUAUUUUGUUUGUAUGAGACGAACUGACACUCUAAUCAACUACAUAUCUUUCUCAGGAAGAGCAGUUUUCACAGAUAUUGUAUGUGUUUAAUGUUACAACAUGUAGGCUUUGACGGAUUUAAAAAGAUUAGGAGACCGAAGGACAGUGGAGAACUAUUUAAACGGCAUGAAACUUUAAAAUGUGGAUAUUGUCCAGAUGGACCGACACUGAGUAUGUUUACCGCACAUGGCCACAGUUUAUAAGGCUGCGUUCAGAAAGUACAUUUCAUCGCUGUGGACUUUUUUCCCCCCUCCACACACACAAGGAGAUUAUUUGCCAAUCAUCCGAAACCAUGUUCUGAAUCACCUACAGGUUGGCUCGAGUCGAAACCAGCAGAGGGCUGGUUCUGGAUCAGGGUAACGUGCAUUCGGUGGUGGACUCUUGCACAUCGCUGUUUUUAAACAUUCACGAACUCCGUGGCGCCCACAGCUGUGCAGUCGGUCGUCCAGGAAGAACUGAAAGAUUCCUCACAUGAAGGGCUCUGCCGUGAAGCCCUUUGGUCCCAACUAUGCAUUAGAGGACACUGUAGCAUGAAAGAGAAACUUCAUUACUAAUUUUCAUUACAUGUACAUUCAAGUUUAAAGGGACGGGAUGGGGAGGAAUGAAAUGUGAAAAUGAACCUGUAUGUUAAGGUAAUGUGGUAUUAUAGAGGUCCAGAGAUCUGCAAAUAAAACAUCUGGAAAGGUGUCGAGCUUU